AUGCCUCCACCCAUUUUCUUUACAGGCGAUGUUGUAUCUUACAAGAACUUCUACUCCACCACGGUGAAAAACACUGCGAACUACCAGACAAUGAGGUCGAUCGUCAAUUCGAUUGUUCCAACUAACAGGACCUCCUCUGCUGUCGCCACCAAUUCCCGCAUUCCUCAGUCUGCUGUCAUGUUGUCUGCCAUCGACAGCCCCGACUUGCCUGCCGCCGUGGAACAGGCAGUCGCCAGCGUCACAGAAAACACAGAGGGAGCCACUGAACUGAGGCCAGAUGGGGAUUCGUCCGUUAAAAUAAACCCGAAUGCUGUCAGUCUGAGGCGAUUUGUCGAUUACGCCUCCAGUGAGCAAGUUCUCCCACCUCUCCAUUAA